GACUCCGUCCAAUCAGCCCACACCCCCAUCCAGGAAGAAAGUGUCGGCCACAAAAACACGAGUCGAACUUCCUUAUAUUCAUCACCGGUAAAAUCACACAACUUCUCUUUUUAAAAUAUUUGUAGAAAGGCCACUUACAUCGAUUUAUACAAGAUGGGAUACAUGGCAGUAGAGGAGCAAAGCUCUACAAUGCUGCACCUGAAGAGAAGCCCUGGCAUCCGUUCCUGGUCUCUUUGUAUCGGUAUGGCAUCCAUUGGGUUGGCGGCUGCCUACUACAGCUCCGAUAGCAUCUUGUGGAAGCUUUUCUAUGUCACCGGCUGUCUAUUUGUGGCCAUUCAGAACAUGGAAGAAUGGGAGGAGGCAAUGUUUGACAAAACUAACAAUGUGAUUCAACUCAAGACCAUUAGCUUGUACGCUUUAAUUCUGACGCUAUGCAAAAGGGGGCAAGAGAAAGUUGUUUUGGACUUGAGGCACCUGCAUGAUGUCUGUGUCCAAGAAGAAAAGGUCCGAUAUUUGGGGAAAGGCUACCUCGUGAUGUUGCGUCUGGCUACGGGUUUCUCCUACCCACUGACCCAGAGUGCCACAAUUGGGGGGCGAAGCGACGUGGAGGCUAUCGCUGCAUUGCUCAAGCGCUUUUUGGGAUUGGAGGAGCGGCGAGAGCAGAGAGAAAUGACUGCACACGCAGAAGAGGUAUCAGAUUUUUUGGAUGACAGCAGUGAUUCCGAGGGUGAAGAAGGAAAACUUUGAUUUCUACAUAACAUCAUUUUUUAAGAUUACAUUUUGGGAUGGUGCCACUGCUAAAGCGCAAUAGUGGCUGGGAUUAGUAUGAUUCUUUCAUCGCAUGGUAUGCCCAGUUACAAAUCUUACGGACAUGCGUUUUUUUUUUUUUUUAAUAUGCAGAAUUUAAGUCGGGGGCUUUUCGGAAAAUAUUCUUUUACCGUAUUGUACUUUGGAAAUAUGAUGACUUUUUUUCCCCCUUUCAUUCAGAAACAGUGUAAUGAUCUAAUUACGAUAAGACAGUACUCCAGAUUACCGAUUUACUGUGCCUUCCUACUGAACAUUGGUAUGUAUCAUGAAACUGAAAGGACUCUGCAGUUUAUUGGACCACACACAUUUUGGUUGUUCGCACACACAGACACACACCUCUCAAUCAGGAUGACUUCUUAUAUGAGCAGUAGUCGCCAAAAGUAAAUUGUUUGAAUUUAGCCUGACUGCGGCUGGUUUUUAGUGAACCAAAGAUGUGUGUAUUUUUGUCCAUCAGUAGAUUCUCAAUCAGGAUGGGAUUGAAAUCCAAACAAGUUACUUACGACCACUUGAAAAUCUUUUUUAUUUUUUAUUCUUUUUCUAGUGUUGGAUUAGAUUUGUGUUACCAUUUUUAUAUUCACGCUUUGUGGACUUGCGUUUUGUAUUU